AUGGAGCUCACUUUGCUGCGCCUCCACCCCACUCCACCCCACGCGUCUCCACCAGCCACUUACCGCGCCCCCCUGCUACCCUUGAACCACCUUUGCGCUCCUUUCGCGUUUUCUCCCUCACUAACCCCCCCUACCCCCUUCUCAUCCACCUACACCACCCACCUUCCACACCCCUUGCCUCCUCCCCCCCCCCCUCCCCACACUCCAGUACCUUCCUCUCACCUGCGCGCGUCCCUCACCUUCUCUGGCGCUAACAAAUCAGCGUUACCCGGCACAGUCCCCUACCACAGCCCCCUCCUACCACAUAUCAACACUCCACAAUUACACAUCGCCCCAGCGCCUCCACAAACCACUACCAGCUCUUCAUCCACUGCCACUCCACGGCCUGCUCUAACACUCGACAGACGAAAAUCUGUCUCGACGCCCACCUGCCCGCGACGUCCCUCAAUCGCCCCGCUCUCUCCAGUACACCUCCGCAGUCUCAACCCUCGCCCUGUAAUCUCCUCCCCUCUAAGACAGACGCCAUCGCCUGUCCUUUGCACCCUCUUGCACCUCGCCCUCUCCCCCACUGCGACCACCCCUCUGCGACUGCCUCCACGGGCCUGUUUCCUCCCCACCCCCACCUUCCUCCCCCCUGCUCCCCCCACCUCUUCACCCACGCCUAGCGCUCAAGCUACCAACCUCAACCCUCCGACCCACCACAUCCCUCGCCCCCUCCUCCUCCACUCAAUCUCCACACCCAGUCCCAACCACCCCACACCACUACCCACCCUCCCAUCACACACUGACUCUCACCACCGCCCCCCUCCCUGCGCCACAUCUCAGACACCCCACCUCCGUCUCACACCAAACCUCAUCCUUCCUACAUCACACACAACCCCCUACCGACGCCUCUAA